ACCGUCGCUAAGAGUGACGUCACAGCCCUCCGUGAGUAACCCAGUUCGGAACUUCGCCUCCACUAUUUUUUACGGAAUUCGUGAUUUUUUCCGGGGGAAAUCGGUCUCUCCCUUCCGAGCAAGGGUAAAUCAGGGUGGAACGAUGUUUUCGAAAAGUUGAGAUGUGCGAGCUGAUCAUCCAUGCCGGGAAAGUGCCUGAAAACUGUGGAAAAUCGUUAAUGAAGAAGUGAGCGCGAAAGUAAACACAGGAUCACUCUCUUGCAGUUUUGUGGCACAUCAAGAGGAUGUAUCACAAGUAAAGUGUCUUGAGUAAAGUUUCAUGAUGUAAAACAAGUUCAGAUCAAGCGGCGUAGAUUCUCGGUCUCUCGUGUUAUUUAAUCAGCCUGUUUCCUUUAUCCAGUCGGAGGAAUAAUCGCACAAUUUUUGACGGAUUCGUGUUGAAAAUGUGAGGAUUUUCACGGUGAACGAGACCUGCCUACAUUCGAAUUUUUUUCGCCAAUUAUAAACAAUGCACGUCUGAUAAGUGUUCGGAGUUUCGAAAGGAGGGGCUACAUGCUGUUGAAAAGCUGAGUCCAAAUAAUGGGAGCAUGGAUUCUAGAAUUGGUUUCACUCCUUCUCCUCACCAUGCUUCAAAGCGGGAGUUCAAUCAACUGCUACACGUGUUCGUCGGUGAACGGGAGCAGUCCAAGCUGCGAGGACCCCUUUCAUCCUGCCAUGUCCAACUACACUGAGAAAUGCAUGGUGCCCAAAAAAGGACACACCGGGGUUUUCCCGGCCAACUUCUGCAUCAAAAUCGUCGGAGAGAACACCGAAGUAAAAGAGCGGAUGGUGAUCAGAGCGUGCGUGAUGAAAACGAUGGAUUCGCAAUGCGGCGUGUUCCGGUACCAGGACAGCACGAUGACCGGUUGCAUUCUCACGUGUGAUUUCGAUGGAUGCAAUUCGGCUCCUCCUCAUCAAAAUCCCCUCGCAGGGACCGGACUCCUUCUGACUGCUAUCGCCAUCGCCAAUUUUAACGUCCUGCCGGCCCUCCUCAAAUGGAUUCAGUCAUAGUAACUACCCAAGAUCAUUGAGUAACGGCUCGCCAUUCAAGACUGAGUAGGUAGAUAUUAAAAAUCAAGUUUCAGCAGCAAUUGUCAGAGGUGGCGAGGCGUGAAUGAUCGAUUGCCGAUAUUUCCCCAUUUGAGCUGUGGUAAAGAAUCGAUUAUCAGGGUGUUCGCAGUGAACACCCUAAUAAUCGAUCAUCUUCCGUAGGUUUAAAUGGUAGAUCAAUCGAUAUAUCGCAAAGCACGCCACGCCACUGGUUGUAAGGCGCCUAGAGAACAGCUCGUGGUCUUAAAAAGUUAAGUGAAUGAAUCCUCUACGCCGAGAGAUCCUCAUAGGUAUACCCAAGUAGCAUUUUUCAACGGGAAAAAUCGCGAUAUUUUGAAAUUAAGUUGCGAUUUUUUACGAUGUUUUGGCGAUAAAAUCGCCAGAAUCAUCAAAAUCCGAGCGAUUACCCUUAGUCUUGUCGCAAUUUUAUCUCUGUUAAAUCGCGUGCGAUGAAAUCGAAAUUUUAUCUCAAUAUAUCACGAUUUUUUGUUGGAUGAUAUUGCGGUAAAUCGCUGUCGAUAAAAUCGCGAGUUUAUUGCAAAUUUACGCGAUGAAAUCACAAUUUAUCGCAAUUUUUUAUUCGAUAAUAUUGAAUUUGUUUUCAUUCAGAUUGAUAAAAUCGCAAUACCUUCUCCGGUCAUCUCAAGGGAGGGUUACCUAUGCCAUGAUCUUAUCCUUAAAUGAAUAUUUAAGGUUUAUAGAUCCUGAAGGGAUGUGUUCCUCAGGAUGCUAGGACCUUAGAAAAUGGGAUGAGCUAUAGCCACUCAUAUCGCUUGAGGCUUGACUCGUGAAGGAGUAGAUAGUCCCUUUUUCCACCCUUCCUCCCUCUCAGAAAAAAAAAUCUCUCCACGAUCAUGCUAAACCUCAUCUUGGAGCAGGUAGAACUCCUAUAAGUGCCAAAAGUCAGAGGAAUCCAAUGAUAUGUAACAUGUUCACGACAUGAGAAGAAAAUGGUGAAAGGAUAAUACGGGACCAAUAACAAA